AUGAAUGGGGUCGGAGCCGCACCCACGCAGAAUUAUCCGGCAGGCGAUUGGCCACGCGAAGAUGUCGCGGAGGAAGGGGGUUCCUAUGAAUUCAUUCCUUUUGAUCUGGCGACUUGGGUUCAACACAGGUUGGCCGGUGACAUUCCCGAGAUGAUCCUUGCAAUUAGAGGUGCUUAUAGUUAUUGGGGUCAAGGCGCCCUUCAUGUUAAAGAGUCCUUUGCUCAUUUGGGGGCCUGGGGUCAACCCGUUCCACUGCUUUUAAACCUCAGCCGGUGCCUUUUGGAUAACGUUCGUGUGUCCGUAUGGAAGGCUGCGGGUCCCUUUAUUUUAAGCAGCUAA